CUUUUAGCCAAUUUGACUUAGUUCUACUAUCCAUGCCAAUAACUGGUACAUUAGUUUAAAUAACCCUUUAAUUUCCCAGACCAAAUUUGUAAUUAUCCUUACUGUCAACCAUACAAUUCUUGUAAUGUUAGUACAGAGAAUUCAGUAUUGCAUCAACUAACUAUUUUCAAAUUGAUAUAUUUUUUUUACUCUCAACACUUAUCUGAUUGAUAUUGUAUUGCUAUUGUAAGGAGAAAUUCUCUUUUGGUCACUCACGGGAGUUAAAGGGUUAGAAGACUAAUAUUCAUCCAGUUUAUACAUAGUACUUGGGUAGAUGAUCUCUCUAAAACAAGCCAGAACAAAAAGCUCGGUAAUGUUUACAUAUCUUAUGCAGAUUUUCUUGCCUUCGACCUUUUUCCACUACUUAGAGACUCGGAAACUUUCGUUGUGCUUUCCUAUGGACAAAUAAAAAUUUUAAAGACAUGUAUUUGUGUUGUAGACUCAUUUCUUCCACUGCUGUAAAACAUUUGUCUGAUGUUAAAGCUAUAUUAAUUUAAAAAUUGAGCAAGUGCUGCUCAGUUUUUGGAAACUAGGGAUUAAAUCUAGAUAUUUCGCGUUAAAUUUUGAGGCUGCACACAGAAAAAACAUUUUUUGAAGUGUAGAUUUACUUCAUAACUGACUUUAAGACUGAAUGUUGAUAAAUCAUCUACCUUUCAUGCAAAGCCCUCCUAAUGGGCCAUUUUAUAGUUGUGUACUUAGUUGCCAAGCCUUUGAUUUGGAGUGAGGCUGAAGGUGACCUUGUUGUGAUAGAGACCAGUAUCUAGAAACGAUAAUAACAAAGUAGUUUGCAUUUAAAAAGCAGCAAUGUUUUUAUCAUAACAAGGUCACCCUUAAUCAUCGCUCUUGUUCAGAGGCUUGGGAACCAAGCACGCAAAUGUUAAAAUGGACUAUUACAUAUCAAUAUGAUCAGAAACAUAAUCUUUUUUGUUUUUUCCACAUUUUUAACCCUUAACAUAAAAAAGAUUGACAAAAACAAUAGGAUCUUGUUGUCAUUAAGACUUCAGUCUGUCAGUGAAGUGGGAGAUAAGUCCAUGGAGGAAAAAGAUCCUAUUAGUCAUGACCACGGUAGUGCAAGUUCAGGUGAUGUCAAGAAAGUCAUAGAUCUCUAUAAUCGGGGAGAAGAAGCCAUAGAGUACCUCAACCUAUAUCUUAAAAUAGCUAAAGAAGUAGGAGACAAGCAUGGGGAGGGUAACGCUUAUGGCAAUCUUGGCAAUGCUUAUCACCGUCUGGGUGAUUUCAAAAAAGCCAUAGAGUACCACAACCUACAUCUUAAAAUAGCUAAAGAAGUAGGAGACAAGCAUGGGGAGGGUGGUGCUUAUGGCAAUCUUGGCAAUGCUUAUCACCGUCUGGGUGAUUUCAAAAAAGCCAUAGAGUACCACAACCUACAUCUUAAAAUAGCUAAAGAAGUAGGAGACAAGCAUGGGGAGGGUGGUGCUUAUGGCAAUCUUGGCAAUGCUUAUCUCCGUCUGGGUGAUUUCAAAAAAGCCAUAGAGUACCACAACCUACAUCUUAAAAUAGCUAAAGAAGUAGGAGACAAGCAUGGGGAGGGUGCUUAUGGCAAUCUUGGCAAUGCUUAUUUUAGUCUGGGUGAUUUCAAAAAAGCCAUAGAGUACCACAACCUACAUCUUAAAAUAGCUAAAGAAGUAGGAGACAAGCAUGGGGAGGGUGGUGCUUAUGGCAAUCUUGGCAAUGCUUAUCACCGUCUGGGUGAUUUCAAAAAAGCCAUAGAGUACCACAACCUACAUCUUAAAAUAGCUAAAGAAGUAGGAGACAAGCAUGGGGAGGGUGGUGCUUAUGGCAAUCUUGGCAAUGCUUAUUACCGUCUGGGUGAUUUCAAAAAAGCCAUAGAGUACCACAACCUACAUCUUAAAAUAGCUAAAGAAGUAGGAGACAAGCAUGGGGAGGGUGGUGCUUAUGGCAAUCUUGGCAAUGCUUAUGACAGUCUGGGUGAUUUCAAAAAAGCCAUAGAGUACCACAACCUACAUCUUAAAAUAGCUAAAGAAGUAGGAGACAAGCAUGGGGAGGGUAAGGCUUAUGGCAAUCUUGGCAAUGCUUAUCACCGUCUGGGUGAUUUCAAAAAAGCCAUAGAGUACCACAACCUACAUCUUAAAAUAGCUAAAGAAGUAGGAGACAAGCAUGGGGAGGGUGGUGCUUAUGGCAAUCUUGGCAAUGCUUAUUUUAGUCUGGGUGAUUUCAAAAAAGCCAUAGAGUACCACAACCUACAUCUUAAAAUAGCUAAAGAAGUAGGAGACAAGCAUGGGGAGGGUGGUGCUUAUGGCAAUCUUGGCAAUGCUUAUUACAGUCUGGGUGAUUUCAAAAAAGCCAUAGAGUACCACAACCUACAUCUUAAAAUAGCUAAAGAAGUAGGAGACAAGCAUGGGGAGGGCGGUGCUUAUGGCAAUCUUGGCAAUGCUUAUGGCCGUCUGGGUGAUUUCAAAAAAGCCAUAGAGUACCACAACCUACAUCUUAAAAUAGCUAAAGAAGUAGGAGACAAGCAUGGGGAGGGUGGUGCUUAUGGCAAUCUUGGCAAUGCUUAUGAUCGUCUGGGUGAUUUCAAAAAAGCCAUAGAGUACCACAACCUACAUCUUAAAAUAGCUAAAGAAGUAGGAGACAAGCAUGGGGAGGGUAAAGCUUAUGGCAAUCUUGGCAAUGCUUAUCACAGUCUGGGUGAUUUCAAAAAAGCCAUAGAGUACCACAACCUACAUCUUAAAAUAGCUAAAGAAGUAGGAGACAAGCAUGGGGAGGGUGUUGCUUAUGGCAAUCUUGGCAAUGCUUAUGACAGUCUGGGUGAUUUCAAAAAAGCCAUAGAGUACCACAACCUACAUCUUAAAAUAGCUAAAGAAGUAGGAGACAAGCAUGGGGAGGGUAGUGCUUAUGGCAAUCUUGGCAAUGCUUAUCACAGUCUGGGUGAUUUCAAAAAAGCCAUAGAGUACCACAACCUACAUCUUAAAAUAGCUAAAGAAGUAGGAGACAAGCAUGGGGAGGGUGGUGCUUAUGGCAAUCUUGGCAAUGCUUAUGGCCGUCUGGGUGAUUUCAAAAAAGCCAUAGAGUACCACAACCUACAUCUUAAAAUAGCUAAAGAAGUAGGAGACAAGCAUGGGGAGGGUGUUGCUUAUGGCAAUCUUGGCAAUGCUUAUUUUAGUCUGGGAUGCGUUUUUGAGUUGCAAGGUGGACUGCCAAAAGCCGUUGAACAUUACCAAGCUAGCAUAAACUUAUUCAAUUCCUUGAGAGUACUUCUAAAAUCUAAAGAUGAGUGGAAAGUUAAUUUUCGAAAUCAGCAUCAAAUGGCGUAUACGGGUUUGUGGAGAGUUCUCGUAGAACAAGGUAAUGUAGAUGAAGCCUUAUUUGUUGCUGAGAAAGGACGAGCUCAAGCUCUGACCGACCUCAUGGAAUCCAGUUUUUGUGGUGGAACAAGUCACCACAAGGGAGAAGAUGAAGAUUGCGCAGUUUUAAAAAACGUUCCAUCAAACACUGUCUUUCAGGCAGUGGACAAAGCUAACGUCAAUCUUUGGGUUGUGUCCGAAGGAAAACAAGUUCAGUUAAGACAAAGUAAACUCAAAGGUUUUGUUUCAGAGAAUAGUGGAUCUAGCCAGUCCUUUGAGUCGUUCAUGCUCGGUGUCUAUACACAACUUGGUGUUCGUUCUAAUGUGAGAUGCGAGAAUCGAUCUUUAGAUGCUUUGAGGGAGGGCCGUUCAAAAGUGGAUGAGAAAACCAAAGAAGCCAACCCUCAACCUCACAUCCAACAAGACGGAUGCUUGAGCACUUUGUAUGAUAUCGUUAUGAAGCCGGUGGCUGACUUGAUUGAAGGGGAUGAGCUACUCAUUAUUCCUGAUGGACCCCUGUGGAUCGCUCCUUACGCUGCAUUGAAGGAUGGUAAUUCUAAAUACCUGUGUGAAUCGUUCACAAUCCGAGUCGCUCCAUCGUUAGCAAGUCUUAGACUCAUUGCCGAUUGCCCAGAUGAUUAUCACAAAAGCAGUGGUGCGUUACUUGUAGGAGAUCCGUGGGUAUCCGAGGUUACUAACAGCGAGGGAGAGAAAGUCCUCGAGCAGCUUCCGUGUGCUAAAGAAGAAGUAGAAAUGAUCGGAAAAAUUCUGAAUAUCACGCCAAUCACUGGCAGACAGGCCACGAAACGUGAGGUGUUGAAAAGACUCAGUUCCGUUUCCUUAGUUCACUUUGCGGCACACGGAUGUCCGGAAACUGGCGAAAUUGCUCUUACACCUGACCUAGACCGAAUAUCUACUGUGCCAACGGAGAAGGAGGAUUACAUUUUAACGAUUCGAGAUGUGUUGAAUGUUCAACUUCGCGCCAAACUUGUUGUGCUCAGUUGCUGCCACAGUGGUCGGGGCGAGAUCAAGGCUGAAGGUGUGGUUGGCAUUGCGCGCGCUUUUAUGGGGGCUGGUGCUCGGUCUGUUGUGGUGUCCCUGUGGGCGAUUGAUGACGAGGCUACUCUCGAGUUCAUGAAAUGCUUUUAUCAACACCUUGCAGAAGGUAAACCUACAAGCAAGUCACUGAACCUGGCCAUGAAAAGCCUCAGAGAAUCAGAUAAGUUCCGGGACAUCAAAUACUGGGCGCCCUUUAUGCUGAUUGGAGAUGACCUCACUUUUGACUUGAUGGCAAAGGAAAGAGAAAAUUUGAAUAGAAAAUCAAAUAAAUGAGAAAAAUUUUUUUCUCAUCUCAAAAGAAUGACGUAGGAACUUGGAAGGUUUAAAUGUUUCUCUAUUUUAAACAAUUUUUGGCUAUUUUUCUUUACUUUUUACUUUUUUGUUAAAUGGAACUUGAGAUGUGUAACUUUACUUUGGUGAAGAAAUAAAAGCAGUCUAUUUCAUUAUAUUUUGAUCAGUGGAAUUGUCUUUUUUUGUUACCUUAAAUUUAGAUGCUUGAGAAGAGAACGAAAUGCAACAAGGCCUCUGUUAUGAACGAGGUUUCCAUUUCCACCAACAUGUCACUCAGCUCUGUUCCUGUAUUACAAUCAGUUAUAUGGAAAAAAUUUAAAGGUUAUUUCUCUUACCCAACCAGGGGCUUUUCCACCGGAUUUUAAUUACCUUCAUGCUCUAAGCUUUUGAUAAGCAAAGAAACAAUUCGUCAUUUGCAAAAGUUGGCGAAUUUUUAUUUCCAAAACUUUUAUUGAAUAUGUAUGUCAAUUGAAUAUGUGAAUUGUUCUUAGACCGUUUUCUACAUCAUAAAUUACUUUGUUACAAUUUACCUUCAUCUUUACAAAAAAAUUGAUUACCAUUUUUUCAACUCAAUCCAUUUUAAUGCAAUCUAGUUCUGCCAGUGCCAAGAUUGCCAUUCUACGCUCAAUUUGAAGUUAACAUUAGAGAUAAUGUUAUUAAAUUUACUUACCAUAUGUUAGAGACAUUACACCUACUUUUAGGGGUGUAGCCAGCCUCAAGUUCCGUAAGCCCGGCCUACAAUUGUUUUCUGCCCGCUUGAAUUUUACUAAAAGAUAAUAUGACUCUUGCAAAUGUUGAAACAAAAAUUGAAAUUUCUGAGGGAAGAGGCUUACAAUUAGUCAAAAAGCUGGCUACAACCCUGUUUUCAAUCAAACGAGUCUGGCCAAUUUUGCCCGUUUUACCAAACACUUAUCCGUUCGUUUUAAAGAACCACGACAGAGAGGCUAAAAAUUGUCCAUGUAAUCUAAACUAGGAAAGAGGGCGCAGAGUUCACUAUAAUCAAAGUUUCCAUAGGUGUGACUUUUAUUGUAUGUGACAUGGAAUUUGUUGCAGUCAACGUAAGCCAUGUAGUCCUCAAUGGGAAUUAUUUUGGUGAAAAGGCUCAUUAAUUAAUGUAAACCUAGUGCGUAGUUGAAAAGGUUCAGGGCUUCAGGAUAAAACUUCUAAUUGUUGAAAAUCACCUCUUCAAAUUUUUUUCAUUGCUUUAAAUUUACCUCAGCUUAGUUUGAAGAUGUCUGAUAAUAUCUUUGUCAGGUUUAAGAAUUUAUAGUUUGGUAUUUAGAGCACACUUUGUAGUUAGAACCCGUUAUGUGGUCAAACGUUUUAAGAUAUACUGUAUCACUGUUGUUUUAGAAGAAAGCUUUGUAAAAUCAAUCUUAGUUUUGCAGAUUAUUGUAACUACCAUUGGUAAAUACUGGUAUAAAAUGUAAUAGUUAACCUCACACUUGGUUAAAUAUAAUGUAACAUAGGAUUUUAAAGACAUGCUGGGACAGUUUCAACUAAACAUGGUUUGUAUAAUGUCAGUGUAUUUCGUGUGAAGUGUUUUGAUGGUUUUUUUUAUUUUAAGUUGAAGAUAAUUGUUCAUUUACCUCAGUUUAUAUUAAUUAACUCAUGAACGCCCAAGUUCUGAGGAAACAUUCUCCCAGCUGAUAAGAAUGUGUUUCUCUAUGCUGCCGCUUGUUCCGAGAAUUCGACGAACAUUACGUUUCUAGUAAAAGAUUAUCUUCCAGUUUGGAUUUUCUCUAAUUGUUAUUGACACCAUGUUUGUCGGUGUAUUAAUACUGUGAGGAGAAUUUAAAUGAUGAUCAGUCUUGGGAGUAAAUGGGUUCAUUUUAGUGUCUCCCUUUAGCGUGUAUUUUACUUAAUGCCUUGAACGAUUUAAUGCAGUUUCUA